AGCCGCUCCACGUUUUUUCCCGCAAUCCGAAAGUAGAAAGGUUGAAACAGGAAGGCAAGCACAUCCACUUCCGCUCACGCAUCCCGCGUGACCACCACUCCUUAUACACACACGUAAAGACAAACCCCCACAUCCCUUUCGCAGCCUCUUCAAAGCGACACGAGCUGGCCGUCACGGCCUCGUGAUUCAACGAAAGAAAAGAACGAAGGAAGCGAGCUGCGUUCCGUUUCCUUCAUCAGUAGCUACGGUUGUUUUUCUUCUGCAUUUGACUUUUCUUUUCUUUUUUCUCUUCUUUGCGUUUUUUUGUUCUCUUCAGUGAAUUGCGGCACAUUUUAAUAUCAAGCCCUUUGUGGCGUUCUUUCUCUACGUAAAGCUUCGUCAUUUAUUUACAUAUAUAUACACCGUUUCUCUCAUCACCAUUUCUUUGUGCAACUCCCCGCUGCCUCGUCUGCCUUCUCUUUUCUUUUUCUUUUUCUUUUCUCCUUCUUUGCGCCGCUCGUUCACACAUCUCUUCAUAAAAGUACGUCCUUUUGCGUUUCUCCUAAGCAUCUUUGCUGUAGUUUCGUAGUUUCAUAGUUUUGCUGUUUCUGUGUUUCUAGCAAUCCCCAUCUUUCAGGCGAUCUCCCACAAGUUUUGAGUGGAAAAAAGCCCCGUUACCUUCACGCGACACAAUCUUCUGGUGGGGUGCUCCACAUCUACAAGAAGUUGUUGUUGUUUUUGCAUAAUUCGUUCCGUUACGUCUUCUUCCGUUGCUGUUUUCGAUAGGUGUUUCGCCUUGUUUUUCCUCUCACGCCGUGUACAUCGCCGCUGUUCUGCUUUGGGGUGUUCUCUUCGUGUUCGUACUGUUUUGUUUUUUUCUGAAUAGUUCUUCUUGACUUUUUUUUCUUCUGUCUUUCCAGGUCUUUCUCUCUCUCUCUAUAUAUAUAUACAUGUACUUUUCUCACUGCUUGGACGCCCUCUUUUCUGAUUGCUGUUUUUCUUCUUCUCCCUCUGCGUCACCGUCACGCCGAUUCUCACUCUUUCCCCUUUCAGUCAUCUUAUUUGUGUGUGUGUGUGUCUGCGUGUCUGUGUGUUUGCGUUGCGGGCUUCUCAGCCAAAUUAGUCUCAUUUUCCUCUGUUGUCUGCGUGUUUGAGUGUUUUUUGUUGCUGUGGUCAACCGCGCAAGAGUAGAACAGUAUCCGCCAAAAGAUGCAGGAAGACCGCGCCACCACCGCUGCGGCAGCCGCGCCGGCUAUGCUGAUGCACGCCGGGGACAAUCAAGGUCCCACCAACGUGAACGACAUCGACGGCGUGCCGGCUGCGCGCGCCCAUCCCUCGCUCCUCCCCAUGGACGCCGACGCCGCGAUGGCGGAUCGGUCCCCGAUGAACUCGCACCCAAUUCGACCCCUUUCCUUCCACGCUGGCGUUGUCGCGGACGGCGACGCACACAAACCCCUGCAGCACAACCCCCACACCCCGCACAGGCGCGCCUUAGAGGACCUCGUGUCGACAUCCCCCACCGCUGGUGCUGGUGCCGGUGGGCGGGGAGCAGCUACUGCUCCCGUGGCAGCAGCAGAGACCUACAGCCCCAUCUCCGGUGCACGCCUCGUCGCUUUCCCCACCGCGGAGGCCACUACCACCGGCAGCAGCGACGAUGGCGGCGGCCCGCCCGACGCGACGCCCCAGCUGCUGCAGUCGCAGUCCAUUCACAGCCUCACCUCCCCCACGGCGGAUCUCUCGCACAGCAACCACAACACCGUGCAGAACACCAGCGCGGACCGCCGGACGCUGCACGUGUCGAAGGCGACGUCCAGCCCCGUCAUCACGGACAGUUCCUCGAACCCGAUCGGGGGUACGAAGACGCUGCCGCAUGCGUUAGCGCAGCUGCAGCAGCUCUCCCCAUUUGAGGGCCCUUUUCUCACGGCAGUCCCGGCCGCGGCAAGCCAUGCCCCGGAACCGUUGGAGGGUGCACCUCGCAAAGAAAUCCAUCAUCGGCCACGCACAAGCGGUGUCGUCGACGGUCCUCCGUUGAGUGGAACGCAACGCACGCCACAGGACGGUCCCAACACCUCCCCGACGCCCUCUGCAUCUUCGUCCUCGUCGUCGUCGUCGCCCACCUCGGUCCCCUACUCCACCGCGGAGACGCAGUGCCACAACGCCGCUGAAGGAAACGGCCGCAGCCCGCUCUCUCAUCUGCCGCUGUCCGCAGCCAUCGACGCCCUUACCCCGUCACCGUCCACAUCAUCCUUCACCAUCUCCACUGCCUCCGCCACGGUGUCCCCGUGCCCGACCUCGCUCAGCGCGGUGACGCGUGAAGGGGCUCACCCUUCUACCCGCGGCUCGAUGGUUAGCCGAAACAGCAAGAUGACACCGCACCAGCACAGCAGCCGGGUGGCGACGGAGAAGAGCACCGAAAACGCGAGCGACUCCGCGGACAGCCCGCUCAUCUCGUUGGGGAGGUCUAAGUUGUGGCAGUACACCUCCGAUCACCGCACGCAUUCACCCCCUGCGUCCGUGGCAGAACGUCAGCCGGUAGACGGCGGCAGCGCACACACGCGCUCGAUGCCCCGUUCUCCGCCCCCUCCUCCGCCCAUCUCCGGCUCCAGCGGAAGCAGCAGGACGUCGACAACACCGAAAACGAAGGCGGCCAUCUCGUCGCCCAUCAACGGCGGGACCUACAGCCCCAACUUCGCCGGGACCACCACCAGCAAUCAGAGCUCCCACAACUCGGUCGUGACGCAGGACUCAGACUUUGUCCGGCCCCACGGGUUGAACUUUGAGGAGAUGCGGGUGUCCUCGCCGGCUUCUCAGCUGCCGCACGCAGACGCGGCCCGGUCGCCUCCGACAUCGCACAAGGAGGUGGCCGACCCUGCGCUCUCUUCUCUUUUUACGCUAUUCACGCCGCCUUCCCGUCCCCUGGCCUCUCCCCCGCACGGCUUUGCGCGCUCCAGCUCCUGCUCUGUCGGUUUGCCGGCCUUCAUGAGUGUCAGCACCGCGUCGCUGAUGGCGCUUCCCAGGUUUGAUGCCUCCCUGCGUGCCGCGAUGGCCGCUGCUGCCGCCGCCGCCGCCACCCCCUCGCGCAGCGGCGACACAGAGAAAGACAGCCGUGUAGACGUCGCGGAUGCUGUGCUGCCCGUGGUGGAAGGGCGGCCACCGUUGCCGCUUUCACCGCCGCUCCAACCUUCGCGAGUGGCGGCGCCGCUGCGGGCGGAUCGCAGCAACAGCAGCGCAACGAACGAGGACGGACGGGAGUCGCACUGCCAGCCCAGCAGCGGCCGCCGCACCGUCGACGACAGCAGCUUUCACUCCCCCUCCUUGGCGCAGCAGAGCUCCCGCGGCGCCACAGUGACGUCGAUAUCGUUUGCCCUGGAUACGCCGUGGAGCAACACCCACUCCUCCUGGGCCCCCACCCGCGGCCAGAGCAGCAUGCACGACAGCGCCGUCUCCCUCUAUCACGGCUCCUCGAUGCUGUCAGACAACAUUUUGCAGACGCUGACGCACGGCAUGGCGCUGGGCGGGGCCCCUGCCUCGCUGUGGCGCUCCGCCAUUAGUGACGCGUCGCACUCCACGUCACCGUCGACCCAACGCGUACACACCGCCUCCCCGACCCCCGACUCCGAGGUGUCUAUGUACGCGAAUAAGAGCAGCAACAACGCCUACGUACGGCUUCCUCACCCGACCCGCUCGCUGCAGCAUAGUCCGAAGUGGCGUGCCGGGCAGUCGAUGCAGGCGUCCACGGCGAACGGGACGGCUGCCGCGCUUAUGCAGGAGAGCUUCCUCUACGGCUCGUCUUUUGUGUCGGCCGAGGCGCACAGCAGUGGACUGCACUCCUUCCUCACGAGCAUGCGUGGCUUCAGCACGGGGCGUCCGCUCCGUGCAAGCCCGCCUCCCGAGCCGACGUCUGCACUGGUCCACCACAGCGCACACACCACCUUUGCAACACUAUCGAAGCCGCGAGAAGACAUGGCAGGUGUGACAAGAAGGGAAAGAGGAAUUCGUAGUACGACAUCUCCAACAGUCCGGUCCGCCGAUCCGCAGUUCGCCGCAGUGCCACCCAACUCUUCGAUGAAAGGGGCCCCCACCGCCGCCGCCCCAACGCACGCAGCGCAUCGCGACACACCGAUACCGGAGCUGUCGACGUCGCGGUCGCAGCUGCAGCCACAGCACACGCAGUCCGGCUCCCGAUCCUUCUUCGCCGCGGCGGACGAUCCUGUGGAGGACAGCGGCAAAUUCGACCGCAGCCGCGUCUCCUCCUCUCUCCUGCUGACGCACUCGAAUGGCUUCCCCCUCUCCACGGAGGGCCUCCCCGCCACGGCAGACCCGGAUGCCGAUGUGUCGCAUGAACGGAGCGCUGCACCGGCUUCCUCAGCGCUGUCAAGCGCGCUGACGGAGAGCCCUCUUCUCGUCUUAUACGGCGGCGGCACGGCGGCCGAUUUAGCGGAACGACCGCAUUUUCAUAAAGACGACACGAGCAGCGGUGUGGCUCGUGGUGGACUGCCGAGCGGUGGAUUCAGUACCGCCGACAGCUGCGUACGGCCUAUAGCUCCUCUGGAGUCCUCCUUGGACGGGCAGACAACCUUUUUACACUCGGUGCACUCCGCAGCGGUGAACACGGUGGGGACCCAGGCGGGGUGCAGCAGUGCGCUGCGGUACUUCUUCACAAGGGGCGCACCCGCCACUCCGGCCCUCUUCUCCUCCUCGCUUGCAGGCAGCACCGGGGGCAGAGGCGUCUGCCGCGGCGAGGACCUGUCCAUUGGGGCGGCGCCUGAUAAGACCUCCGCGUCGCACCCGCAGUCGGGUGAGAAAAGCGCUGCGAAGGUGAAGCGCGAUGCGUGUGAGGCGUCGUGCAGCCUGGCGAGCACCCCUCCUCCGCCCUCGCAGCUGCCGCAGCCGCUGACAGACGCGACGGGCGCUGCGCCUGCUCUGCCGCACCGGAGAAGGCAUCAAAACGGGGGGACUGGCGACGAACGUGGCUUCGGCGAGGGCCUCUCGCACCUCCUGCCGCUGGUGGAGCCGGAGCACGCCUCGAUGUCCACUUCGGCCCGUCUGCCCAACCUGCACUCGCUCGUCUCUGUCCACCAUCAGCGCCUGGCGACGGCGCAGACGGCGCUGCCCCGGCGCUCCGCAGCGCAGCGCUCGCCGCGGGCCGCGCGUGGGCAACACCCCAAAGUCCGCCGGCGGUCCACAACGAACGAUGAAACAACGAUCACCACAGACAGCGCAGACGAUAGCACGCCCUUGCCCCUGCAGCGUUCCAAGCCCUUCUCCAACUCCUACAACGGAGGCGACAUCCCCGCGAUGGAGGGAGAAGGCGACGCGGCAACGAACGCGUUGCAGCCGAUGGCGCGGGCGGGGAGUCGCGAUGCCCCCUCACACGCCGGCCCAGCAGGCAGCACCUCCCUCAGCAAGAGUCCGCAGAACGGGUACGGCAGCAGUCAACCCUACUCGGCCACGGCGAAUCGCGGUCUUCACUCGCGGGAGCUGACGCACCGCUCCGCUUCCAACGGCAGUGGGAAAAAACACCAGGGUAACGGCCACGCCGCACACACGGGAGGUGGCGUCACCCAAGGUGCGCUGUCCGAGCCAGGGAGUGGAAUUAUCGAGGUGUACGCUGUCGGUGCGACGGCGGCAACGGAGGGCGGUCAUGGCGGCCACCCGGACGACGCGAGGCACCUAUCCAUCCCGUCCUUCCACCGUCACCGCGACGUCGAGCACAUGUUAGACGAAGCCGAGACAAUGCUGCGCCGGGUGCCCGUGCCGAUUAUUCCAGUGCUCGCCUCCAAGCUGACGCGCUGCUUUCAUCCGAGCCUCUCCAGCACGCACGGAUACAGCUUAUGCGGCACGGAGACGAGUGUGUUGUCGCUGCGAACACCCGCCGCAACAGCCUCUACCUCUGGCUCUGACACCCGCCGCCUCUCCGCACCGACGGGAUCGGCGGAGAGGGAUUCGCUCGAUUGA